AUGGUCGACAUUGUCCCCCUCUCCUCUUACCCCUCGUACAUCGACCUCCUCCCCUCCAUCCAGACCUGCAACAUCACCAACCUCCCCGAAAACUACUUUCUGAAAUACUACCUCUACCAUGCCCUGACCUGGCCGCAACUGAGCUUCGUGGCCGUCAUGCGGCCCCGCAAUGGUUACUCGAAACACAAGGGCGGUGCCGCAGGCACAUCAGGCACAGGCACCGGCACAGGCACCGCCGACCUCUCCGGGCAGUAUCCCAAGGUGGUCGGGUAUGUACUUGCGAAGAUGGAGGAGGAGCCGACGGACGGGGUGCAGCACGGGCAUAUCACGAGUUUGAGUGUGAUGCGGACGCAUCGCCGGUUGGGUAUUGCCGAGAGAUUGAUGAGGAUGAGUCAACGCGCUAUGGCCGAGUCCCAUCGCGCCAGUUACGUUUCGCUGCAUGUGCGUGUCUCCAACACUGCCGCCCUGCGUCUGUACCGCGACACCCUCGGCUUCAAGGUCGGGUCCAUCGAGAGCAAGUACUAUGCGGAUGGGGAGGAUGCGUACGCCAUGCGCCUGGACCUUACCGAUCAAUGGCUGGACUGGAAGGAGAUUGAGCGCAUGGACAGAGAGCGCGCCAAGAGUGACGAAAAGGACGCUGAUGAGGGCGACGAGGUUGGAAGUCUGGGCAAGAAGGAAGAAAAGACCGUCCGCGUCAAGGUCGGCCGGAGUUUGGGUGUCGGCGAUCUGGUCGAGAGGAACGAAGCCAACCCUUCGCAACAAAGUGUCAGCUCGUAG